AUGGGUCACGGAAAGAAGUGGAGAGUGGCGGAAGAUGAAGCGGUUGCCGCUGCCUACGUAGCGCUGACGACCACUGGAGGGCGGAAUGGCGCUCCUUUAUGGGAGGCGGUGCGCGACAGAAUCGGAGGCGUGAGGAGCGCGCGUGCCCAGCAGAAUCGCUGGAUUCUCAUCUCGCAGGACAUUAAAGUCUUCAUGCGGUUUUUAACAGAAGUUGAAGAUGAAGAAAUGGGGGAGGAGGAGACCGUGGAGAGAGCGAGAGACGUUUUUCGAGAGAGAAUGGGAAGGGAAUUUGAGUUCCUGAGCUGCUGGAGGAUCGUGAAGGACUGCUCAAAGUUUGGGGGACAGGGCCAGGCUGAAACAACUACAAAACACGAAGUGCAGCCGCCAGUUCCUGCUGCUACUGAGCCUCCUCGUGUUGCCUCUGAGCCCUCUCCUCCUUACGCUGAAGUGGAACCGCCUUCUCCUGCUGCUGUUGCCACUACGGCGUCUCCUACUGUCGCUACUCCUGGUUCGGAGGAGUCGACGGAGCAAAAUGAGAACGGGGCGACAGCAACGACGGCGUUGGACUUGGAGUUUGUACACCAACAACUGGCAAUUGAGAUGCGUCGCAAGAACGACCUACAGGAGGACGAGUUAGCCAUGAAACUAUUCGCUGAAGCACGUGAGUCGGAGGACUCACAGAGGUUCUUCAAGCUGCUAAAGAGAAAGAAGUUACUGCAGUUGGAGCAACAAGUUGACGAGCUGGAACAAGCUCAGCAGCGACGACGACAACGCAAAAGCUAACUACGAGUAAUGCUACUACGAUAUUAUGCUGCGAUACAUUAGGCUACUCAGAUUUUGUCCCUCGCGUCGAAGCAAUUUCCGGAUCUGGAAGGUGGCGUGUGUCGGAGUGAUCACCUGCAACGCGUUUCCUGGGAACAGGCCGGUAGACGACUCUGCCAGCGAGACUCGACUCCACACUGUUGUUCGUCGAGGGUGUAUACUUGGGGCCUUCCCAGUAGACUCGACCACAGCCGUCACAAUUCCAGAAUGUGGUGACACUGAUCGGGACUUUCUUGCGAAGUCGCUCUGACAUUUUCUUACGUGCGGAGUCGGCGUUAAUGGGAGAAAAUGUGUCGGAAUUGCAACGAGCACACCGGGACGAGCGAGUGCCGAUGUGGUUUACCAGUCCAAACUGCAAUUUGACUUCUCGGAACUGCAUGUAGCACUCGUCAUCCGAUAGUACAAAGCAAGCACCAGCGUCUCGGCGACUGGGAAGGCCUGUGUCUCGAGUCAAGACGAUUCGGUCUUCCGUGGCUGCAAAUGCUAACAUAACACUCUUGGGAUCCGUGCUUCUAGUGGCUUUGACAUCUUCUGGAUUCCAGGUGACCACAUCGACUCCAAUUGUUCGCAGCCAACGACCGACCUGAGUCACCAUCGAGUCGGCUAGAAACUUGUAUUCGAGGGGUUUUGGCUCCGUCUCGGCGAUGUUACCACUUGUCUUAUCCGUGUUAUCGACUGAAGUCGGAGAAUCGCGUGGAAUCGAGAUAUCGUCAAGGAGUUCGAUGCUGAUCAAAGCGAAGAACGCCUUUGACUCUACCCAGAUCACUUUGUCUGGCGAUCCAGAUCCUGCUGCGAGAUAUUGUGCCUUCUGCAGUCGUGAGUCCACGAAUAGGUUGAUUAGUACUGGAUGUGUAGAUUUAUCCUCUGACUUUGAAGUCCAUGGCUUGUGGCCGAAGGGAGCAACUGUCCCUGGUGCAAAUCCAAAGACACGGCGACAUUCCGAUGCUGCUGCUAAUCGAACUUUGCGACGCCCGACGCCACGGAGUCUUGCAAUCUGUACCAUAUCCAGCUUGUAGUUGGCUUCGAUGCAAACCACGGAGGGCGUUUCUGUCUCAAGUGAAAAACAAAUACCGUUGUCAGAUCUUGGUGAUUCGUGAUACAACCCAUGCCGGCUUACCGGCAAUGAAAAUGCAGAUGCUGUUCACAGCGAUGAAGUCACGAGUAUCUGCAUCUUCCUGUGGGUCUUGUAGCAUCGCUGUCAUCUGGUCCUUCGUCAAGAACUUCAACGUCGUGUCAAAAGUCAACUUCUGUUCAAGCAAUAAAGCGCGUCUUCGGUCUUCCCAGAAUUGUAGAACGUCCUGCGGCGUCACCAGCUUGGUCAUGCAAGAUGCUUCAUCGCACUGGUGGCGCCAUUUCUUCUGAUACGCGAUGCGGUGGGAGACGGCUUCCAGUUUUUCAUCCUCGCUGAGUGAAACCGCGUGAUUAAGCGUAACGAUGCGCUUGGAAACUUCACUCCAGCUUGGCAAACUUUUGUCGUUGUCGCUUAGAUUUUGCCUGACAGCAACAACGUAUUUGAUGAGAAUUGCAACACUAACAGCAUUGUCGUCAUUGACGUACAACUUGCGGACGAUGUGAACGAGACACAGAGCAUCUAGUGCUGCAUAGUUCUUUUGUUCCUGCGAAAGCGGCCGGUGUUCCCAAUCGCUUAGCUGCAUCCGCUGUGAGUAGUAACGAACGAGUUCGAUGAAUAUCAGCAAGUCAUAACGCAGUGAUAAACUACUACCAUAAUUUACGUACCUUGUCCAAAGGUUUGCCAAGAACGUGAUGAACACAUUGCGACAAACCGCUGUUAAUUGGACCUGAUGUCAGCUCUAACGUGUUCAACUGCAGCAAAAAUAAAAUAUCUUCGUCAG